UCUACAAUUAAAUAUUCUAGCAUAAAUAUAAAAGAAAAUCAGAGAUGGGAAAGAUUGACUCACGAGAGAUUGGAGAGGUAGAUUCGCACGGUGAUAGUGCAAGCAGCUUGCUUCUAAUUAAAUAUGCGACUGAGUCUCAAAGCAUUUGCUUUCAGCCGCAGACAGAAGAAGCUGCCCAAGAAUGGAAAGGAAGAAAUAUAUCACAUCAUCUGUCUGUCCACAGGCUUUCCUCUGGGCUUAUGGAGAUUUCCUAGGGGUAAUUAUUUCCCACUGACUCAGACCACAGGACAGUGUGAGCACCUAACAAAUAGUGUGAGGCUGAUAUGGAGAAUAUGCCAAGUCAACUGGAUGAGUCAGCACAGGCAGCACAAUGGACUGCAGUUAAGAGCUAGGGCUAGGACUUGGAGGAUGUGUAGGCAAACGGAAAGAGAGCCGGGGGAAGAAAAACCGAAAUGGAUUCAUUCUCUGUCCUGGAUGGAGGAGGAGAGGAGAGGAGAAGAGAAGGGGACGUGCGAGCUUCCUUCAACUGCCUCUGUCCGGUGAAAAGUGCUCAGACCCCCGGGGCUGCGCCGGACUCGGAGCCCGCGCGGACUUUGGCGUGGAGCUGCCAAUCAAACGGCUCGCAGCCGCCACCCUGCCCUGGCACCGACAUCCAGCUUCCCGGUCUGCCUCUGCUUCCGCCCACCCGUGUGUGUAUUCCCAACCAAGCAAGCCUCCAUACCCAGAGGAAAGGCACAAAACGCCCCAAAAGAGCCAUCGCCCUCACCUUAUUUCCUAUAUUGCACUAUUAUGUAUAUAUGCCAGUUUAUUGCGCCGAUAAUUAAAAGCGUUAAUUAAAAUAGAGCCGUAAAUACUCCCGAUAGCACAGUUGUUAGGCAUUUCCCAUCCUUUAUUCGUACGAUAAAUGCAAUUAGGAAAGGGCCAGGCCCCGCAAGGCUCUCGGCGAGCACCGGGCAGCCCACGGUGCCUGGUCCUGCGCGGAGCUCCGGGCCGUGCACCCCACGCACCUCCCGCAGCUGCAGCCGGAGCAAAAAUAACCCCUUGCCUGCGCACCGCCAGCCCUCGCUUAUCGGUUCAGCACAAUGAGCAAGCACCUACACCGCCCACCCACCCCCUUUAAAAAAAAAAAUUCAAAAUAAUUAUCCCUAAAAUUAUUUUUUAAUAACUUUAUCAACUGGAGACCAAAGGGAGAACAAUAAGGCAGUUAACAGCCGCCGCGCGCUCAGGAGUGUCUGGACAAUCCCAAUCCGGUUAUACCCCACUUCUCGUCAUUUGCACCCAUUUUUCGACGGUUUAACCUAUCACUUAUCAUGGGGUUAUAUAUACAUUUUCGAAUUAAGCGCAUUGGACCCGUUAGGAUUUAUUUGCAUAAUCUCCGCACAUUAGGAAAAAAAAAGAAAAAAAAAAGAAAAAAAAAGGAGAUGCGUCCCUGUCCGCCGGCGGUUUAUUAUUGUUAUUCUUUGUUGUUGUUGUUAUUAUUAUUAUUGUUAUUCCUUCGGGGUGUCCUUCCCGCUCCCUUCCCCCGGCCCUCGCGCGGCUCCCGGCGGCGCUCCCGCCCGGGGCGCGGCCGGGCCGGCAGGGGGCGCCGCAGCGCCGCGGCUGAGGCCGUCGGGGCGCCCCGCGCUGCCCCGGCCCCCGCGCCGCGCCCCGGCCGCGCUCCGGCCCCCGCCGCUCCCCCGCGGCUGCCCCGCCGCCCCGCACCCCCUCCGGCUCCACGCCGUGAGCGCCAUCGCACCGAAAGGCGGAGCAACCCCGUCGAGGCAGGGGAGGCGCGGAGCGGCGCGGGGGAGCGCGGCCAGGGCGGCGAGCGGCUCCCCCCCGCUCCCGCUCCCUCCGCGUCCUCUCUCCCCUCCUUCCUUUGUCGUCAAGUGCGGUUUAGCAACAAAGAUCCCAACAAGAGAGUGGAAGUAAACUUAGCCGGGGCUUUGUGCGGCCCGUGUAGUGACAACAAGGGAAACAAAACUACGUGUUUGUAGCGCCCGGCCGUCCCCUCAGCCCCGCGCUGCGCCCACCCGGCGCCGCCGGCGGCCCGCAGCGGGCGCGGGGUGACGGAGCCGCCGGGGCCAGCGGCGGACGGAGCGCGGCCCGGACCCCUCCCCAGCUUCUGCAGAGGGGUCCCGGCCCCGCUUUGUGCUCGGCGGGGAUGGCAUGUGGGAAAGCCGUGUUUGCACUGGACAUCCCCCUCCCGCGAGGCCGGAGGCCGGGGGGAAGGGCUUGGCGCGCUGCGGCGCGGCCGCACGGAGCAGGGCCCGGGGAGGGCCGGGAGACGGCCCAGCCUCUGCCCGGGCGGUGCGCGGCGAGCUCCGCUCCCCGGCGGCGGCAGCAGCAGGGCCCGGCCGGGGGCUCCGCCUCACGGGGACUGCACGGCCUGGACGGGGCGAGCGAGGCACACGCAGGGCCCAGCCGGGCGGGCCCUCUGUCCCGAGGGGCACCGCCACAGGGCUGGGGGAAGCCGUUCCCGCUCCGCUCCCCCCAUGGCUUCUCCUAGCCCCAAGCCAACACCAACUUAAAGGGGGAAAAAAAAAAGAAAAGAAAAAAAAAAAAAAACCACCACGUAGCAACAAUGCUGUUUACCCACUUCCUCCAAAAGGCGUGUGUGACCUGUUGCUGGAAGGGGAGAUACAAAGGCUCCCAGUGGCCGCCCGGGCCGCCCCCGGGCCCGCCUCCCCGCCGAGCCGUCCCGGCGCGCCCAGCCCCCGCCCCGUUUCAUGCAAAACCAGGGGAAGAGACUUGUCCUCAGUGGCGGAGCCGCCGCGCGCUGAUUGGCCGGAGCGAACGCAUUUAUUGCCUGACAAGCCCCCAUCACAUGGAUGGUUGUCUAUUAACUUGUUCAAAAAAGUAUCAGGAGUUGUCAAGGCAGAGAGAGAGAGUGUGUGUGUUUGCAAAAGGGGGUAAAGUAGUUUGCUGGCUCUUUAAGACCGAGGUGGAGAGAGAGAGAGAGAGAGAGAGAGAGAGAGAGAAAGAGAGAGAGCGGCAGGCAGAGAAAAGGGAAAAAGGAGGAAGAAGUUUUUUAAAA